AUAUGAACGCAAUUAUUUCAUCUAGGCACUGCAAUUGAGGUUUAUGUAAAAUUGAUAAAAAGGAACGUUGAUUUAAAAUCGAAGUCACGCAUGAACCAACAUGAUUGUUACAUCUGGUGUGGAUAGCACUGCUUCAUUAGGUACGGUUGAGGUGACCACUCUUUUGGGUGCCUUUUUUGGUGUAUUAGUGCUGCUCCUCCUGCUGUUCCUGUACAUAAGUCGCAGGUGCUGUUUUCAUCAUCGCCAUGGCAUCAACUGUUGUGACGAGCGUCACUUGGCGGCCAAAUGUGUACAAAAGAUUACACGCAAACGUCGAUAUGAGAACACCAGCUCCGACUCCGAGGAGGAUAUGCUGCGACGCCUGCGCUGGCAUCAGCAGAACAACAACCUUCUGCCCCCCAAUGGGAAAUUAGUCGGCUAUGGAAUGGGCAGCGAGCAAAUGAACCCAUUGACAGGCCACAGCUUCAAUUAUCAUCAGCAGGCUGACCUGCAAAGGGUCACAGUGACCCGUGACCCUUUGGCAAUUGCUGAACGGGGCAAGGUCGGUAUACCCUCAUCCCACAGCGAGUGCAGCUCCAAUGACUCCAUCGAGGCGUCUGUCGACAGUCACACUGGCAUUUUGACAGGCGAGAGCCGAGCAGUUCCGAUGUCAUCGCUGAGAAGCUCCUAUGCCAAGUCACAAAAAUAUCAGCACAAGGUUGAUGUGUUGCCACAGAAGUCCGAAAAGGAUAGGGAUAGCGUGGUGGUGGUGCCAAUUACUAGCAUACAGCAGCAAAAUAACAACAAUAUUAGCACCGCAAAUAAUAACUGCAAUCAUAGCAACAGCAGCAGCAGCAACAUCAACAGCAACAACCCGAACAACAACAACAACCCCAACAACAACGAUGAUGAACCCCUUUUUGAUACCAGUGAUUUGCGAUCGAUCAAGUCAGAUGAUAUUCCGGUCAGCGAUUCAAAAAUCACAGCUCCACGUGGGCCCAUUGAACUGGAGAUGUCCUUGCUGUAUGAUGCACCCAUGCGUAAGAUGACGGUGCAUGUGAUGCAGGCGAGAAGUCUGCCACCGCUGGCAAAUGGCCAGCAGACGCAUACCCAGGUGCGCAUGUUAAUGCUGCCGAAUAAGAAGCAAAAGCACAAAACCAAGAUACGCAGUGGUGAGAAUCCACAGUAUAUGGAGAGUUUUCUGCUGCAUCGUGUCAAUCCCGAGGAUGUGAACAACAUGGGUCUGCGAGUCCGUCUUUAUGGUUGCGAACGGCUGCGCAAGGAGCGCCUUAUUGGCGAGGCGUAUGUGAGUUUCGCAACUGUCGAUUUGGAGCUAGAGACUAAUCUGUGGCUGCCACUGGAGCCGCGCAACACAUCUUCACUUUUGGGAUCAACAAGCGACCUGCUGAGCCUGGCCAGAUCAGACAGUGCCGGCUCCACAUCCUCCAUGCAGCAUGGAGGUGUCUCGGAGCUACUUUUGGGUCUAAGCUAUAACGGAGUGACGGGUCGCCUCAGUGUCGAAAUUAUCAAGGGCAGCCAGUUCCGCAGCCUGACACUGAAUAAGGCGCCGGACACAUACGUGAAGCUGUGCAUGGUCAGCAGCAUUGGUCAGGAGAUUUCGCGAGCAAAAACGUCCAUCCGCAGGGGGCCGAAUCCGCUGUUUAAGGAGACCUUCGCGUUUCAAGUGGCGCUGUUCCAGCUGAACGAUGUCACGCUGAUGAUCUCAGUGUAUGCCAAGAGGCACAUGAAGAAGAACGAGAUGGUCGGUUGGUUUAGCCUGGGUCUAAACUCAUCCGGACCGGAGGAAUGUGCGCAUUGGGCAGAUGUGUGCGAAAUGCCCAAGGGUGAGAUUCUGGCGCGAUGGCACGUUUUGGUUGAUUCCUGAUUCGAACAGUUGGGCCAGUCCUCAGGACGCAGCAGUAAAGCGCUCAAGAAACUGGGCUUUGCUGCGUUCAAGGACAGGUCCAAGGAUAAAACCCGUAAGGAGAUGGACGAGGUUCAAUUCCCUGCAGACAAUGCGGUUGCAGUGGAUAUUGAGCCGGGAUUGGAGCUUGAUUUUGUCUAAAACUGAACCGAAAGGUCCACUAUUAACUUGAUGAUUGGUUUUUUAAUGGAACACACAAAAAAAUUUUUAGUACAUUGA